AAUUAUAAACGCUAAAAGAUUUACUUUUUAUCCGUUGAUAUACAACAAAAACAUAACACAUAAUUGACGUCAAAAAAAACAUGCCUCCAGUUACUAGGAGACGUGCCAAAGAUGCCGAAAACGUAUCUGAAAGCAAAAUAAUCCCACCAAAAGAAUCAUCGCGUGCGAAGCGGAAAUCGACGGUGGGAGAAGAAUCCAAAGUAGAAAUACCCACGAGCCCGAAACCCAAGAAGUCCCGAACAAGCGCGGUGCCAGAUUCGCAAGAUAAAGAGAGAUCGUGGUUACUCUCGAGUGUCUCGAAGCAAUUGGAAGAGGAUGCGACCCAGAGACUGGCCUCUUCGCAGUCACUAGGUUCUGACCAAACACCUGCGCCUAAACCAAAGGGAAAGCAUCUUGUCUUUGACGACGACGACGAUGUAGAGAACUUCGUUGUGGCUGCGGCCGAAGCAGGAAAGAAGGCAGAAGAAGAUAAAAACAAGGAAGAAAAGGAAGAGGAGAGCGACGACGAUGAUGAUGACGCGCCGGAAGCAGUCUCAACGCAGGUUGCUGCUAAGGAAGUACAAAAAUCAGCUCAGGCGGCUUUAGACGCUGCUGAGAAACAAACCGCUACCCUAAAACGAAAGCGCCAAGAAAGAGAUAACCUCUUCAAACAACAAGCCGAGCGCAGGAAGCGCGCCCGCGCCGAAGUCGAAACGGCGGUAACCACGGGCCGCCGACGCACGCAGAAACACGCUCUCCCAACACAUCUACCGGCCGAAUUUCUCACGGACUCAAGCUCCGAAGACGAAGACGAAGACGAAGACGGCGAUGGCGAGAACGGUCAAGCGCUGAAGAAGCGCAGGAAGCUAUCCGACGAGAAGAAGAGGCCCACCAAAAUCACGUUCGACGACCAGCCCAAGAAGCCGCGCGACCGCGUCGUCGGCUCGACGAAGUACAGGGUGCUGGCGGAACAGGGCGACUCGAGGCUCGCGCCGCGGGCGAGGAGGGACGCGAGGGCUUCGAAGGAGAGUCUUCUGAAGAGGAGACGCGUUGGGGUGGCGCCUGCGACGGGGGCGGCGACGGGGAGGGGGUUCUUUGUUAAGCGGUAAGGUAGAGGAGAGAGAGAAAUAAGGUGAGGAAGGGAAGGGAAGGGCAUGAGAAGUGUGUGGAUUCGCCUGUUGGGUCGAGUGAUGUUGAUGGCCUGCUUACUUGCUUGAAUCUAUAUCCUGCUUGCGUUGACAUGAGGUGGGCGUGAGGCCCUCGAACUAAUACCUAACUAGGGCAUGAAACUACUACAUUAUAAAUAAGUUGCCACUUGGUACGAACUUACAAUGUCUUUUGCUCUUUGCUUGCUUUCUAUCUCGACAUAACAUUUAU